AUGACUCUGAAUUGCCCGGCUCAGCUCUGCCCACGAGCAGCCGGCCCAAUCUGCCAGCAGCGGUUCUUGUGUUCUGGCGACACUGCCGAGACCCAGGAGCGGCCACUGGUGCAGGCCCAGGAAACCGUCUCGGUGACAUGUUGCCGGCCCGGCCAGCCUGCCUCCAGUAGGACAUACACUUUUGAAAGAGUCUAUGGGCCAGCAGAGUCCCAGGCAGCCGUGUUUGGAGAUGUGCGGCCCCUUCUCACCUCCCUCUUAGAUGGGUACAAUGUGUGCAUCAUGGCAUACGGGCAGACAGGCAGUGGGAAGAGCUACACCAUGCUGGGGCCAGGUGCCGCGGACUGGCCCGGGCUGCCCUCAGCCGCGCCUCGUGACCCCGGGGUCAUCCCCAGAGCUGCAGAGGAGCUCUUCAGGCUCAUCGCAGAAAACCCACCACGAAGCCCGAAGGUGGAAGUUUCCAUAGUGGAGAUUUAUAAUAAUGACAUCUACGACCUCCUGGCCAAGGACGGUUGCACGGCGGUGACUGGCGUCAGGCGCGGAGUGGUGACCACACCGGAGGGUCGGACGGAGGUGCCCCUGCUGACCUGUGUGACCGUCACCAGUGCCGUGGAGUUCGUGGGCUUCGUCCACAGAGGUCUGCAGCUGCGGGUGACACAUCCCACGCUGGUGCACGCAGACUCCUCCAGGUCACACCUAGUGGUCACGGCCACGCUGACCACGGCUGCUGUGCCGGGCAGCACUGGCCCCCAGCCCGGCCCAGCCACCCGCCGGGAGCCGGCCGGGCCCUCGAGGAGGCGUCGCGCCCCGCAGGAGGCCAGUGUGCCCGGCCGCGGGGGACGGCCGCAGGCGAGGCUGCAGCUGGUGGACCUGGCCGGGAGCGAAUGCGUGGGUGCAUCUGGGGUGACAGGCGUGGCUCUGAGGGAGGCCUCAUCCAUCAACCGGAGCCUCGCGGCCCUGGCCGACGUCCUGGGGGCCUUGUCCGAGGGCCGCAGCCACGUCCCGUACCGGAACAGCAAGCUCACCCGUCUGCUGCAGGACUCCAUUGGGGGUGACGCGAAGCUGCUGCUGCUGCUGUGCGUGUCCCCGGGGCCGCGGCAGGCCGCGGAGACGCUGCGGAGCCUGGGCCUCGGGGCCCGAGCGCGGCGAGCCGGGCGCGGAGGGGCCGCGCAGAGGCCUUCCUGCUCCCCGAUGGCGGAGGCCCCCCUCGCGUGCCGCGCCGGGCGCGUGGGCCCGGGAGAUGACACAGACACGCCGACGGGCGCCGGCUGCGGCUGGGCCUCGCAGGCCGGCAGGCGCGGAGGCCGUGCGGGGCCGCGCCGGCUCCCCGCAGCAUCGCUGCUCCGGGAGGCGCCGCGGCGCGGUGACCGCGGCCCAUCUGAGGCCCCGCGGGUUGCGGGAGCCCCGCCUGUGCGCACGCGGUGCCUGCCGGCCGCCGGCGCGGGAGGGGGAGGCGCGCCACGUCACGGAGUCACGCCGCGGGGGAGGCGCGCCACGUCACGGAGUCACGCCGCUGCGGAGGCGCGCCACGUCACGGAGUCACGCCGCGGGGGAGGCGCGUCACGUCACGGAGUCACGCCGCCGGGGAGGCGCGCCACGUCACGGAGUCACGCCGCGGGGGAGGCGCGCCACGUCACGGAGUGA